AUGGACCAUAAUCCAAUAGCCAUUGUGCCUUAUCAUGACCCUUUUGAUGAUUCUUCUUCUUCUGUUGCCCAAAUUUCACUGUUUGAUCAAAAUCCAACAAUUUUCAUUUCUGUUAAUGAUGAUGUUGAUGGUGGUUUUGGUGUCUCUGACUAUGAUCCAUUUGCUGAUCCAAUUUUGCUUGAUAUUCCUUAUGAAUGUAGCAAUUAUUUGGUUGGAAAUAGAACUAAUGAUGACGGUGGAGUUUCGGCGACUAAUAAUUGCCAAAUUCUAAGAGAAAUAACUCAUUCUGAUGGUGACUGUUUUACACAGUUUUAUCUCUUAAAUUUCUAUAUGGGGUUGUGGAAUUUUAGCAACGAUAGUACAAAGCGUGUGAAGCAGUUUUUAGUUCAAUAUUUUGAGGCAUGUAAGCGUGAAGGUCACAUUUUGCUGCAAGAUCCAUUCUGUGAUUUCUAUGAUGCUUUAGAUGUUGGAUCUGAUGGUGGUGAUUGUCUUGACAUUGAUAGUCUACUUCAGUUAUCUCCAACAAAUUCGCGUGAUAGCCAUAUGAACCAGCAAGAAAUGAAAACCGAAAGCGAGGCCAAUGGAGAUGACGUGAGACAUGAAAAGAUCCCCCUUUCAGCACAGAGGGAAAGAACUGGAAAGUUGAGAUUGAAAGACUUUGCAGGAUAUCUCCAUCUUCCUAUUGAAACAGCAGCUAAGAAAUUGAAUAUAUGUCCUACCGUGAUGAAGAAGGUUUGUCGAAGGGAUGGAUUGUCAAGAUGGCCUUUUAGAAAGAUUAAAAGUGUUAGGAGGAAGAUAUCGCAGAGAGAAAAAAGUUUAAGCUCUAAUGAUGUUGAAGAAAGGACGAGUGCAAAGGCAGACAUAGCGAAGCUGGAACAGGAACUUGCCAGCAUUUUUGAAGCAUUCGUUAACUAGUUUGAUUACUAUUCUAUCAAUGAAAUCACAUAGGUUUCUUAUAAGUUACUAUUAAUUUUUCAACCAUUUUUGUCUCUACAGAUUUAGCUUAUUACUACUAAUUUAUAUUGUAUUUAUAGUUGAAAGGCAGAUUUAAAUGUACAAAUGAGUUAUAUUGUAUUUAUAGUUGAAGGUAGAUUU